ACAUUGCAUUAAUCGUCGUCACCGCUACAGUCCCGUUCUACAGUCAUUCUCCGAACCGUUUUGCAUAAAUUAGGUAUACCGGAAUUAAAUUUAAAUAUGUAUUAAUCGUCGCAUAAAUUACUAACUUGACAACCGGAUUUCAUUAUUAGUUUCCGCAUACGAAGAGCGUGAGUAAACAUAAGUGUAGCAUAAGGGCCUUCUCUUAUGUCGGCACACACUUCCCUCAAUCCAAUCCACGCAUUCGCAUAUUGUCUGCAGUCUGCUAUAUCUGUUGGAUUACGCUACCUACGUACGAAUUCUGUGUGAGUGCCGUGGCCUUUGUACAGCAUAAGUUUUCUUCACAUGUGAACCCUUGCCGACAAAUUCAAGAGUCCGGAUUGUCGCUUGCUGCGUGAUUGCGAGGAAAAGGCGCAUAAUUGUCGGGCUCUGGUGUGAUCGAAGCAACCUUUCGACUCGUUCCCGGACCUAAUCGAUAAAUCGUAGCAAGACUCCACCGGUGGGGACGCAUGAUCGGUUGUGAUAUUGAGCAAAACACAGGUUGUGGCUUCACGUGCUGUGCAUUUUGGUUAGCGAAAGUGAUAUAAUCCGAGGCCCGCUCAGCUCGUCGCCUCUCCAUCCAUUUCUAAUCUCCGGCGACGACGAUAUAAUAACAAACCACUUUGUGGCGAAAAAACAAAUUAUAUAAGAUCGCGUGUGUUAUUAGCGUUGCGAACAUCGUGCAUCGUCAAUUUUCUACGUUUUGAAAAUAUCAGCAGAUCAAUGAAAUGCGCAUUUUAAGUGGAUAUAAAAAAUCUAUGUCAAUAAAAGGCACCCUGCUGUGAGAGCGAAACGAAGCGGAAGAGUCUAUAAUACUACGAGAGGAACACAAACCGCAUAUACAGUUGUGUGUUAAUUUUAGAGGUCGCCUACUGCAGUUUCGAGGCCGCGUCGCUAUCGAUAGAUCCGACCGAGUUGAAGUUGUGACAAAAAGUAAAAAGCAGUUCAAAGGUUUCUCAUCGUGGAACAACAACUACGAGGAUGCUGAACCCGGUGGAAGCGCUGGCAAAUGCAUCUGGAGCAUCGCAACCUGCCAUUCGGCUGAUACUUUCCGUACUAGCAUCAUAUCCACUUGGGGCAGUCUAUCGAAAUCUCAAGACUUCCACUACGGUGAAGAACAUCUACAUCGCAGUAACCGGGCUCGCAAUUGUGCUGUUCAACUAUGGGUUCGAUCUGUAUCACAGCCUGCUGGCAGUGGCCGUCACCUAUCUCUUCAAUACAUUCUUCGCCACCAGUAGCCUGCUGGUGCCGCUAAGUUUCUGCUAUCAUCUAAGCUAUUUACUCGUCGGCUACUACUACACCACUUCCAAUACAUACGACAUCAAAUGGACGAUGCCACACUGCGUUCUUGUGCUGCGACUAAUCGGAUUAGCGUUCGACAUUUCCGAUAGUCGCGAAAAAGUGCGCCAGAACAAACGGGAUGAUAAGUGCAUCGAGGUGCCAUCGUUGCUGGAAUUGGUUGCUUUCACGUAUUUCCCGGCAUCGGUGCUUGUAGGGCCCCAGUUUUCGUUGCUGCGUUACAAACGUUUCGUGAGCGGUGAAUAUGAAAAACAUACGACCGGUGUGCCUGCGUAUGCAGCGAAAAAGUUCUUGCAGGGUGCGUUCUAUCUGAUUGUAAACCAGGUGGGAUCGCAAUUUGUUUCCGACACGUAUUUGUUGUCGCCGGAAUAUGAGCAGGAGUCGUUCUUCAUGAGACACGUUUACAUGGGCAUUUGGGGACGAGUUGCAUUGUACAAGUACAUCUCGAUUUGGCUACUGGCUGAAGGUGCUGCCGUGCUGUUUGGUCUAACCUACAUCGAUGCCAAACCGGGUGACCGGGAAUACGAUUCGGAUGAACUGUCGGGAUGCUCAAACAUCAAGGUUGGUGUUUUCGAGAACACGAGCAAAUUUGGUCACUACGUGGAAUCGUUUAACGUCCAAACUAAUCACUGGGUCGCGGUGUACGUCUACAAACGGCUGAAGUUUUUGAACAAUCGCGUUCUCAGUCAUUUUGGGGCACUGCUGUUUCUGGCCAUCUGGCAUGGAUUCCACAGCGGUUACUACAUGACCUUUUUAAUGGAGUUUAUGGUGAUCCGGAUGGAGAAGGAGAUCGAACCAAUCUUCCAGAAAAAUGAACGCAUUCAAGCAUUGAUGCAGCAACCCUUGGUAAAACUGGCCGUUUUCAUUGUGCUCAAGUUCUACACGAUUGCCUUCGCCGGUUGGUGCUUGAUUCCAUUCGUUUUCCUCAGUUUUUCGAAAUGGUGGCACAUCUACACUGUGGUACGCUUUAGCGGUUUAAUCCUCUUCCUAUUGGGUAAUUUCGCGUUCAAACCAAUACUGCUGGCGAUUCUUCCAGCAAAUGCAACACCGAAUACUGAAGCAAAGAAGGCACAAUAAGGCCAUUUAGAUUUUGCUGAUGCCACCACGAACUCCUCGUUCUACGCAACAGUUUUGAAUUAAAUUGCAAAGCUUUAACCAAAUAGGCAAACAAGUCGGUCAGAACUUUGACAACAGAUUCAGGAAAGACUUUCGAAUCCAUCCAACAAAAGAAAUCGUUAUUUUCUUUCGUUGAUUUUCUUUUUAAGUUAGUAAAUUAAUGAUGAGUUCCGCAUUAUUUAAAAUGAAAACAUCGACUGCACGGAAGAUUGAUUUAGAUAAAUUAUACAGAUGUCAUGUAUAUGAUACAAAGACACACAGCUCUAGAAGUAUGACUGAGUUUGAUAAGUUUGAUUAUACGGUUCUUCUGCUACCUCUUGCCAAUAUUAAUUCAUCCAACUUUCGGUUUACUAUAUUUUCUUCCAUACCUAAUGUUCCUUUUUACAAAGACAAUUUCCUCAAACCAGCAAUAAACGCCUAUAUGAUAACGAACAAUUACAUGAUUAUAAACAACAAAAAUAAAAACCAACCGUUUAAAUGUUUACACUGAACCGAUAUAAAAAUUGUAUAUUACCAAACACUAGUUCGUUCUUUUUGAUCUGAUAAAACAAGUUUGAUGCAAAACAAUAAUUACACUCCUGUACUGAAGAUAGUACAACAGUAAAAUUAAAAAGAAAAAAUAUUUAUUUUUCUAGGAGAAAUAACAAAGUAAAUCGAAUAUCGAAUACCGAAUACCGCAAAAGAAACGUACAGAAAUUGAAGUUUCUUCCAUUACUUACGAUAUGUAAAGUAUAUUGAUGCAGUAUAGUUUGCGAAGAUAGUGUAGACGUAACAAACGAUUCAAGCUACUGUAGAGAUUAGUUAAACUGAAAAUAAUUUUAAAUGAAACUUCAAAUAAAUAAUGCAAAGUGCUAGUCAGUUUAUGAGUUGAAUGAA